AUGAGAGGCAUCUCAGCCGGCCCCAGCACCCGUAGAGCCGACUCGAACGGAACCAAUAGUACGCUGCCAGCAGAGAACGGCCUGUCCAACCUUGUCUACAAUGACUCCCAACCAAAUCUCAACAGGCGGCCAUCGAGCGCACCCGGCAGCAAGCAGAACCUCGCCGGCGCAUUUACAAAUGGCAAUGUGGAGCAGGCGCGCAGCGAGCGUACGGUAAAGCCGCCAUUGCUCAGAUCCAAGAGCGAGCACGCCACGGCCACGCGGGGUGAGGACAUGGACCAGGCAUACGAUGAAGACCAAGGCGCAGACGUUGCAGACUUUGGCGCGCGACACGGCUUCGAGGGCCAUUACCAAAGCGAGGAUAUCAUUUCCCAACUUGCUAACGGCUGGUACAUGUACUUCACCGACAAGCGCCAUGAGACGACGGGUAAGCCGAAAGCGCAGUCCUUCGAGAUCCAGGACUGGCGAAUGCGAGAUCGCCUAAAGACAGUCUCUGCUGCUUUGGCUGUUUGCUUAAAUAUCGGCGUCGAACCACCAGACCAACUGCGAACCACGCCCGGCGCAAAACUUGAAGCCUGGCAAGACCCUUCCAUUCCUCCCGUCCAGAAAGCGUUGGAGAAUAUCGGUAAGACCCUGCAGGCACAGUACGAGACUUUGGCCAUCCGAACACGAUACAAGCAGUACCUCGACCCGUCUGUCGAGGAGACCAAGAAGUUUUGUAUUUCUCUACGACGAAAUGCGAAGGAUGAGCGCGUGCUAUUACACUAUAACGGGCACGGAGUUCCGAAACCGACGGCCUCUGGUGAGAUCUGGGUCUUCAACAAAAAUUACACCCAGUACAUUCCAGUCUCACUCUACGAUCUACAGCAUUGGCUUCAAGCGCCAACGAUAUUUGUCUGGGACUGCUCCGAAGCUGGUAAUAUUCUAAAUAAUUACCACCGUUUUGUCGAGAAACAUGAGCAAGAAGAGGAAGAAGCCGCAAGUCGCGAUCCGACAUACGAGAAGACAAGCUUCAAACCUUAUAUUCACCUUGCAGCAUGUGCGAUCAAAGAGAAUCUUCCAACGAAUCCCGAACUCCCGGCCGAUCUCUUCACAUCCUGCCUAACGACGCCGAUAGAGAUGGCCCUAUGGUUUUUCGUAUUGCAAAAUCCCCUGAAAACAGAUCUCAGCCCUGAGAGGGCUCGAAAACUUCCAGGCCGAUUACAGGAGCGUAGGACGCCACUGGGUGAGCUGAACUGGAUUUUCACUGCGAUUACAGACACUAUCGCAUGGACUACUUUACCGCGUCAUCUCUUUCGCAAGUUCUUCCGGCAGGAUCUCAUGGUUGCUGCCCUCUUCCGAAAUUUUCUCUUGGCCCAGAGAAUCAUGCCUGUUUACGGGUGUCAUCCCCAGUCGUUCCCUGAACUGCCUGACACCCGGCAACAUCCGUUGUGGGAAAGCUGGGAUCUUGCCGUCGAUAUGGCACUUGCCCAACUGCCUAUGCUAGAAAGGAAAGAAACCGAGGGUGGUGAAUAUGAACCAGCUCCCGGUAGUGCUUCAGGUGCUCCUUAG